CUCAAGGAGUAUAAAACUAAACCCGAUCUGCAUGGUGGAUAUAAAUUUGCGGAAGAAUACCCAUUUUCUCCACUACAUCCCACAUCGCUGUUGUAGGAUGGUUUCCAAGAUUUUUGCCUUCCUUUCAGUACUUGCAGUCUAUGCAAUGGCUGCACCGUUCACCGUUGUAGGAGGAGAAACUUAUGCCACUGUUGCAGCUUCGGAACCAGGCUUUUUUGAGCCUUCCUGCAUUCUUGGCAAGAGACAUGUGAUGGAUCGCUCACCUUCACCCGAUUGCUAAAUCUUUUCUUGACUUGGCGCCAUAGUUAGGCUGAAGGAGUUGUGGCGAAAUCGCAAUAGAUAAUAGACUAUUUAUACAAGAGCCUCAUGAACUGUUCAUGAGAUGUCUUAAACAACACCUUCAAUCUAUUUUACAAACGACACCUGAAUUGGGCGCACCUGGACUUUUGCGAAGUACAUCGGCAGCUCGCUAGUAGCUCAAACUGACGCGCCACGGAAUGUGCGAUAUGCAGAGCCCCCUUUGCUCAUUUGUCCGGCGGAAUCAUCAAUGACAGUCCUAUAAUUCUGCUUAUAACGUAGUCCAGCG